GAUGGGGAGGGCAGGGUGUGGUAUAUAAGUGGAGGCAGGUGGCAGGCUCCAAACCCUGUCCUGAGUGGCCUGCCCUGAGCACAGCCUCCUCUCUUUCUUCUGUGUUGAAACAGCACUCUCUCUUCCGUGUUGAAAACAGCACGAUGGCAGUCCCGGUCCUGCUUCUUCUCCAGGUGGCCUGCGUGUUCUCCAUGGGGGUUGGGCUGUGGGUUGUCUGCAACCAUUUCCUCACUGCGGAAAUCCCUGCCGCUAUCGGCCACCCCAUGAAACUGCGGGUCCUGCACUGUAUUUUCGAGCUGUUGGUGACAUGGGGGAUGAUUUUUGAGAGACUGAGAAUCUGCUCUAUGCCUCAGUUUGUCCGUUUCAUGCACGAUCUAGUACCACUCAAGGAGGAUCCGGAUGUCGUGGUCACAGAUCUCUACUAUGGGACGAUCCCUGUGAAGCUGUACCAGCCCAAGGUGUCCUCCCGCACCCUCAGGCCUGGCAUCGUGUUCUACCACGGCGGCGGGAUAGUCAUGGGGAGCCUGAGAACCCACUAUGCCAUAUGCUGUCGUUUGUCCAAGGAAAGUGACUCAGUGGUUCUAGCAGUUGGAUACCGCAAGUUGCCUCACCAUAAGUUCCCUGUGGCGCUAAGAGACUGCAUUGCAGCUACGACCCACUUCCUAAAGUCCCUGAACACGUACGGGGUGGACCCAGAUCGGGUCGUGCUCUGUGGGGACAGUGUGGGAGGGGGGAUGGCAACGGCAAUCUGUCAAAGAUUUUUGGGCUGUCCAGAUCUCCCCAAGAUCCGUGCUCAGAUCCUGAUCUACGCCAGUCUCCAGGCUGUGCAUUUCCAGUUCCCCUCCUAUCAGCAGAACAAGAAUGUCCCCAUGGCCAGCCAAGACUUUGCCUUCUACUGUUGGAGUGCUUUCCUGGACAUCAGCCCCUCCUGGAAAAGCACUAUCCUGAAAGGCGCCCAUUUGCCUGCUGAAUUCUGGGAAAAAUAUAGAAAGUGGUUGGGUGCAGAAAACAUCCCAGAGAGGUUUAAGAAGGGAACCUACCAACUGACCUCUGUGCCCUUGAAUGAGGCUGCCUAUCUGGAGACAAGACUUGUGCUGGAUUUCAUGAACUCACCCUUGAUUGCAGAAGAUGAAGUCGUGUCCCAGCUCCCCGAAACAUUCAUUGUGAGCUGUGAGUUUGACGUUCUCCGGGAUGACUCGCUGUUGUACAAGAAGCGGCUGGAGGACCUGGGAGUCCCAGUGACUUGGCACCACAUGGAGGAUGGUUUCCAUGGAGUGCUUAGUACCUUAGAUAUGGGCUGUUUGCACUUUCCCUGCUCCACAAGGAUUCUGGACACCAUGGUUCAUUUUCUAAAGGGGUUGUGACCAUUUUUCGUCCCAAGACUAAUGCAUUCCACCACCAUCUGUUUUCCCAGCAGGGCUCUCUGUUGUGAUGGAGGUGAUGUUGAGUGGGGCUAGGGAGGGGGUCAAGGUUGCCAUGUCCUUCUUGCUUCAGGUUCCAGAAAUGUAGAAUGCAUGCUUCUGAUGUCUGGAGGGAGAGCAGUAGGAGAGACAGGUUUGGGGGGAAGGUGGCGCUCUGUUCCUGUUCACCAUUGGGAAAACAUGAGCUGACGAUCUGCAGCAGUCAUCUGAGAGUGAAUGGUCAUGUGAAGGUUGCCUCUGGCUUCCCUGAGGGAGAGUCCAGGCUGGUCUAGGCUAUAGGUAGCAGGAGUGUCCACUUGGCUGGCCUUGGAAUGAAAGAGGGACACAUUCUGUGCAAUCCCAUGGGCUCUCAAAUCUAGCUCAAAGGAUGGGGCUCUGCUGUGCCAGACUGCUGGGUGGAGGUGGAGAACCUGUUGUCCUUCUCCUCUGGGUACACAGUGACAUUUUCCCCUCUGUUCCUCUGCCUCUGAACUCAGAGUUUCAACUCUCUGUACUGGAAGAGUUAGGACAGAGUGGAUAGGUUUUCUGUAGUGGUUGGGACCUCGUGGCAGAUGAAGACAGCCCAGAGCCACCUGAUGGGGGAGCUCUGGAGCUCUUGGAGUCAAAGGGGCCAAAGGGGCUGAAGAUGUGUUAGCAAGAACUGUUUCCGUUUUAAGACACAGAACCAGCUCAAAUUGGCCUAAAUCAGAGAAAGAAUGUAUUGAUAGCUAUGAAUUCUGGGGAUAAAUCAGGUAUCAUUUAAUCCAGGAAUUCAAACAAGCUGGUGAGCUGCCUUCUCUUCUUUCUUCCAUUCUGUGCUCUGCUGCAUGGAUGGCCCCUUCCGCUCUGCAUAUGGUGGCCCUGAGCAGCUCCAUAUUCACACUCUCCAGAGUCCCAUGCCUCAUUCUCAGCCAUCCCAGCAGAAACCACACCGUAGCUCAAUGGCCCUGUGGGCUUGCUGAGUAGUGUGUCUAGUUGCCACAACCUAGAGAGUGGAACACUUUGACCAACCAGGCCUACGUUCCAUGUCAACCUUGGGGUGGAGGACGGGAUCUGUUCUACUGGGGGCUUGGACUGAGCAUGAGGGAGGGAGGGAGUACUUUCCUCUAAUCAGCACUUACUACUCUACUGUAGACAUCAAUGCUUACUCUGUUGGUGGACAUCAAUGCUUAUGCUACUACAGAAGCUAAAUGAACCCUGAAUCAGAGUAUUUGGAAGUGGAAAGAGAUGUCAAGGACUACUAGGUCAGUUGACCACCUGUCCCUGAGGACAUUUCCAUGAAAGAGCAGGCCCAGGUUCCCAGGGUGAUCCUACCUGGACUUCAGGAGGCUCUGCUCCUGGUUGGCCAAGAUCCAAGUCUGCUGCACAGAGGCCCCCGUGCAUGUCCUUGACUUGCUUUCAGUUGAAUGUUUGUGCUGAAACAUGGGGCAGAGAGGAAUCCCACUUGGUGGCUUCUGGAUCCAUUCACAGCAGAAGACCAGCAGGUGUCUUUGUUGGAAAGAUAGGAACCACUCACUGAAAGCGCCUGGUCUGGUGACCACUCAGCUGUUGGGCAGGAUGGGAUCUGAGGAGCAUGGUCUCUUCUAGACUAGGUCUCUCAGUUGAGUCUGGGUAGGCUCCUCUCCUGGAGUGUGGUCUUCAUUGUUUCACCCUGCCUCUGGACAUAAGUAAGUGGGACUGAGCUGACCUUGUGGGAACUUAGGUGGUUAGCUUUUCUACUGUGGGGUGGUGAGGAGUGUGGGAGCCACUGGAGGACCAUGCCCAGAGGAGAUGUGUUGGUUGCAUUUUCAGGGUUGGAAGAGCCUCUGGAUUUAAAUUUCCAUCCCCCUCUGAUGAGAAAAGAGCUCUUUCAAGUUGCUGCCCAGGCAAUUUGCAGCCUGGCAAUCCUGCUCACACCCAUGGACAUGCAGAUAAGAACCUCAAGCUUAGGAUUUCCAGCCCUAAGUUCCCACUUUACUUUUCGCAGGGCACCUUUUUAAAAUAACCACUUGGGAGUCAAGCCCACAAGAUGUAAGUGACCUUUGCCCCAACCACCUUAUCAGAAGCCGGUACUUGCUACCCUGCUCUCUCUCCUGCACGCUUGAGACCUGAGACAGAGGACUGCCCUUCCCUUAUUUCAUUGCACACCCCCAACACGUUUCUGGGAUCUGUGAGCAAUAAAUCUCAUGAGUUU